CUGUUGGUGUUAGUUGUAUUUUGUUAAGAAAAUCUCAAAGCAGUUUUAGCAUGUCUAAGCCAAUUCUGUACUACGCUCUGUUCAGUCCUCCAGCACGGGCUUGCAUGAUUACUGCAAAGCUAAUUGGCUUGGACCUGGAGCUCAAGCUUGUCGACUUCACCAAGAAAGAGCAUUGCGGUGAGGAGUUUUUAAAGCUCAAUCCCCAGCAUCAGGUUCCGGUAUUCGUGGACACCGACGGCGAAGUUUAUGUGGACAGCCAUGCCAUCAUAUGCUUCAUGGUGGCCAAAUAUGCCAAGGACGAUCAGCUGUAUCCGAAGGAUCUAAAGAGACGGGCGCAUAUUGACCACCGCUUGCACUACGAAAACGGGGUGCUAUUCCAGGUAAUCAAGGACAUUGUGGCACGCAACAUCUAUGGCGGCGAGGGUGACCUCAACCAGAGGUCCCUUACUCUCUGCCACAAUGCGUACGCAGACCUCGAGCACUUUCUGUUGAAGGGGAACUUUGUCGCAGGCAACGAGCUGAGCGUGGCCGAUGUUUCGAUUCAUACCACACUCGUGACAUUGGAGUUGCUUAUACCGCCGGAUCCAGAUCGUUAUCCACAUAUUGCUGCCUGGCUCGAGCGCAUGCACCCAUUGAUACCCGACAACGAGGAGAUCAAUCUCAAGGGAGCCGAGGCGCUGAAUGCACGGAUUAGGAGCUGCAUGGCCGCAAACAAGUUGAAGUAGACCCUCCACGAGGAACACAUUCAGUUAGCGUGUUUGUUGUAUAUUGAACUCGAAUUUAUUGAUAUAUUUUGUUAGGCUAAUUGGUUUAAAUCCUUUCUACAAUAUUUUCUGUCUGUCUUUUGAUUUUUGGAAGUCAAAUUUACAAUUCGUGGUUUUUAUAUAGCUUCCUUUUCAUGCAACCUACUAAAUACAAUUAUUUACACAA